AUUGGACUGUUGUAUUAGUUGGCAUUCGUAGGUCGUAGCUGCCGAAUUUUGGUAACGUUAUGCAUCAAAGCUACUGAUUUUACGACCGUUUACGUGCAUUUCCAAUUCCUUUACCUCAGUGCGGUUGAGUUAAUCCUCUUUUUACAUAUCUCUUAGUUAUAAAUUUUCCGCACAAGAUGGACGAAGCUGCACAAAGUGAUGAGAACCAGUUUGUGAUGGACGAAGUGAGUGCCAUCAUCAAAAUGAGCGUCGAGACCGUAAUUGGUGGCAAUGGCUACACAAGUGCCAAAGUUAAUGGCUGGACUGCACAGGUGGUGGAAAGUGUUCUGGGCAAUCUAUCAAAACUUAACAAAUCAUUCAAGUAUAUUGUGACAUGUGUGAUAAUGCAGAAGAAUGGAGCGGGUCUACAUACGGCCUCGUCAUGCUACUGGGACAACGCAACAGACGGCUCAUGCACCGUACGCUGGGAGAACAAAACUAUGUACUGUAUAGUAUCUGUGUAUGGCCUCUCUUUAUAGCUGCACUUGAUUAGAUCUAAUUUUCCCCUUUGAAACAAGAUGCAUUGAUUUAAGUGGAGUUUUACUAAAUGGCCAGGCUGUAUGAGGAGAGAAGUCUAUUGAAAGGGAUUGCCAUGGUACUGAAUUUCUAUUAAGCUCUUGAGGGGUCUAAGUUCAUUUUAUUUGCAUUCAUUUUUCAUUUAAAUGAUUGUCUGAAAUGAUAAAAUAUUUGAUGAAUAGAAGAAUCAAAUUGUUGUAAUCAUUAUUACACAGUUGUUAAGCCUUGGUGUUAGCCAUACUCCUUAAUGGCAUUUAUUUGCUUAGGAUCCCAACUGUCUACAUGAAGUAACCGAUUUUACAUUGCUGCGCUUAGCACAAAUGAAUAAUACAUUUUAGAAUUUCUAUGUUCUAUUCUAUGUUCUAUCUGUAAAAUUAUGAGUUUUUGUGCAGCCAUUCACUUCGAAAAAUGUGAACUCAUUCAGGUAUUUAUUUGACUUCUGUUGCCGCAAGUUCGACAUUUAUGUUGCAAGUUCGACAUUCUGGUGCUCAAUAUUCAUUUCCCUAUUUCCCGUCGGUUAUGAGCUUUUUUAUAACAGAGCUGCUCUGGUCAGACCAGCGGCAUCACUAACCUGAACUACAAUAUCUUCAAUAUUAGUUAAUAUGUAUAACUAGUUUCCUAGCAAUUAGACUAAUGUGCGAAGCCCGUGUACGCACACGGACGAGGUAAGGCUGGCUUUACAAAACUCCUACAAAUACUUUAGAGAUAAUCUAUAACAUCAUUUCGACUUUGUCAAGGCAGCUCCAAUCACUAUUGUACUUUCACGCAUAGAGGGAAUAACGCAAUGAUCAACACUUUAUUUUAGCAAGAAUAAAAAAAAUAUUUUUUUUUAUCAAGAAUAAAAACAUUUCUUUU